AAAGCAUACCACCAAGAACACUUAAAAGAAAUCAUUUAGCAUAUUUCUUAAGUAAACUUAUUCUACUUUGUGUCUUUUUUUUUUUUUUUUUUGAGACAAAGUCUCGCUGUGUUGCUCAGGCUGGAGUUCAGUGGUGCGAUCUCAGUUCACUGCAACCUCUGCCCCUCGGGUUCAAGUGAUUCUCCUGCCUUAGCCUCCCGAAUAGCUGGGAUUACAGGCGCCUGCCACCGUGCCUAGCUAAUUUUUGUAUUUUUAGUAGAGACAAGGUUUCACCAUGUUGGCCAGGCUGGUCUUGAACUUUUGAUGCCGUGAUCCAUCCACCUUGGCUUUCCAAAGUGCUGGGAUUACGGGCGUGAGCCACUGGGCCCAGCCCUAUUUUUGUUUUUUAAUGAGUGCUAAAAAAUGAAGAGAAACAGCAAGGUAAGGACUAUUGGUUUGAAAGAUCUGUGAACUUUUCAGCCAAUUAUUGCCCACAUUUGGGGCUAAAUGGUAGGUUUUGAAACCCUUAAGGGAGCUUUGGGUUUCAGUGGAGAAAGGCAUUUAUUUAGUGGAGAAUUGAGUGCUUAAAGUCCUAAAGUCCACACCUUUAAAAAGGUUAAGAUUUCAUACUUUAAUUGCAACAUAAAUAAUGGAGGGAGCUCUUCAAAAUGUCCACUUUUCCUUUCUCCUUUUAAUAUUGUUUCUUCCUCAUCCCCUUUUCCUUGAAUAAACAACAACAGCAAAACCUACCCUGCUUUCACAGUGAGUGUACUAUAGAAGACAAGGGAGAAGGAAUCCUGCUGGAAGAAGUUGGUGAGCCUAGGUGACUCCCUUGAUAAAGGAUGAAAGCUUUCCAGAUGAGUGUUCCAAAAAAGUGUAGUCUCCAGACCACCUGCUCAGAAUCCCCUGGAGUACUCGUUAAGCAUGCAUGCCCAGGCUUUACCCGAGUUCUUUUGAAGUAGACUAGGGAAAGAGCUAGGAAUCUACCCCCACUUUUUUUUUUUUUUUGAGAUGGAGUUUUGCUCUUGUUGCCUGGGCUGGAGUGCAGUGGCAUGAUCUCAGCUCACUGCAACCUCCACCUCCUGGGUUCAAGUGGUUCUCCUGCCUCAGCCUCUCAAGUAGCUGGGAUUACAGGCAUGCGCCACCAUACCUGGUUAAUUUUGUAUUUUUUUAGUAGAGAUGGGGUUUUGCCAUGUUGGUCGGGCUGGUCUCGAACUCCUGACCACAGGUGACCCACCCACCUCGGCUUCCCAAAGUGCUGGGAUUACAGUGUGAGCCACCACGCCCGGCCUGCCUUUUUGUUUUUGUUUUGUUUGAAAUAAGCUCCCUCCAGUAAUUUUUAGGAUAAAUAUCAAGUUUGAGAUGCUUUAAUAUUAUUGUACAUAGGGUAGUUUGAUCAAGAUCAUUUGAUGAGAUAAUUAGAAUUGUGGAAAACAAAGGACUAGUCUUUAAUACCCAAAACAUAUUUGUUAGAAAACAGCAAAUAGGAACCCCAUGGGGGAGUAACACUUUUUAUUGAACACUUUAACAAUGAAUAGAAAAAUAGGGAACCAAGCUGUUUGUGGCCAGGGCUUUUGUAUGUCCAUGUAUAAAGUUGGAACUAGGGAGCUCCAAGAUGGUUAAGAACUAUGAAUAGAGUUCCUACUGCUCAAAGACAUGGCUUUCAUAAACAUCUUGGUUUUUAAAGCAAAGUUCCAGUAUUCUUAUAGGGAACCUGUUUUGUAUGUAAAUCAGCAUCUCCCUCAGAAUUCCAGGGUUUUGAAAUCACUUGUAGAAGGGCCUAUUGGUGGUACUGAGAGGAGAAGCAGAGUGAGUGAAAAAGUAUUUACUGGAAUAAUACCAAGUGUCAGACAUAGAGUGUCAGACAUAGUUAAGACUUUAGUAGUUUGAGGUAAUCCUGGGAGAUAAGACUAAAACUGGCAACUCCGGGCUUAAAUAAUUUCUUCAGGGCAAUAUUAGGAGAGAUGACAGGCACAAAGCAAUGCGGGAUUAAUAUCCAGGUGAAUUUUGCAGACAGUUGCGGUGGCCCCAUGUUCCAGUCUUCGGGGGUAGAUGCUGAGACAAAGGCAGGUCUCCUUUCAUGUUUUGAGACAAGGUCUGGCUCUAUUGUCCAGUGCAGUGGCUCGAUAUUGGCUCAUUGCAACCUCCGCCUCCUGGGCUUAACCCAUCCUCCCACCUCAGCCUCCCGAAUAGCUGGGACUACAGGCACACACCUCACCCAGCUUAUUUUUGUAUUUUUUGUAUAUUGGGGGUUUCACCAUAUUGUCCAGGCUGGUCUCAAAACCCGUGAACUUAAGCCAUCUGCCUACCUCGGCCUCCCAAAGCACUGAGAUUACAGGUGUGAGCCACUGCACCCAGCCAGGUCUCCUUUCAAGUCUAACUUCCAAAGUUACCAGAAACCAGAAUCUUAACUGAAUAGACAUCAGGACAUGAGUGGUAAUUGAAUAACUCUCCAACCAUCCUCUUUCUUAACUAUUCUUAACUGCAGAGGCUACCAGAACUUGACAGAAAACACAAUUUAUUUUGUUUCUUUCCUCUGAAAUAAUCCCUUCUUUUUGGAGGCAUUAAUAAUGUAUCUGCUUUUGGCUUGAUUAAAGUUGAGGCCUGAGGAGGACUGGAGGAUUGCUUUGAAGAUGAGGGAAGUGACAGAAUCUCUGGCGUACAUUAAAAGGAAGUAAGGGGUGAGGACUACCAAGAUUUAGAAGAGUCUUAGACUGUUAGAACUGCAAAUAAAUGUAGAAAUUUACUGGUUGUAGAGUCAUGUUGAGCUCCUCCUACUUCUACCAGGUGUAAACACAAAUCUCUUUUUUUGCUGUGUAUCUGUUCUUUAACAGUAGCACCAAAAUUCUGGUGGUAUAGGCUUCAGAUUUCCUGUCACUUCUCCUGUUUACUCACCAGCGCCUGACUAUUCUAGGCAUCACCUUCUUGCCCGUUUACUUUUGCCUGGACCAUUUCAUCAGUCUUUAACUGGCCUCCCACUUCUGAUCUCCCUCCUCUUCCAGUUCCUAUUGCCAGUCAUCUUCCUGAUUGCUACUCGCUGGCCACAGAUCUGCAUCCAGAAUGAAGUGGGAGCUCCUUAGCUUGGUAUUCAAUGCCCUCCAGGGUCUAGCCCCAACCUGCUUUUCUGGUUAUCUCCUGCUCUGCUCCCUCACUUACUGGAGGCUCCCAGGAAUAUCAUUGCAGCUAAAAUAUUUCUCCCUACAGUUUUCCUCCUCGCUUCUAUUCUUUAUUUCAACACCUGUCUUCUCUUCCUACCCCAAUCCACUUUUCCAACUGCCUACCUGUUCAGAAUACAAGGCCAAAGUUUUCCAUUCCUUUCCUCCUCUGUUCCCACGACAAUCCCAUAAAUCUUUAUUUUUGGAAAAGGAGGAAUCCUGCCAAUGAUAAUUUUUUGGCUUACAUAUCGAGGUCAGAGAGCUAGUCUUAUUAUUUAUGCCUGUGGUCCCAGGCAUAUGUUAGAGCCCAGCAGAUACCUAAGCAAAUAUGCCUGUUAAUGAUUAUAACAUUUAUUUGUUGAAUACCUAUUAUGUGCUAGACUCUAAAUGUUGUUAAUACUUAGUGAUUAAAUCCCCACAGCAGUCCUGUGAAGGAGGUGGUAUUAUCCAGGUUUACAGAAGAGAAAAUAAAAGCCUUGAGAAUUUAAGGAGCAUGCCCAGAUUACAAGCUAGUUAAGUGGCAGAGUCAGGACUGGAACCCAGGCCUGCUUGCCUGCAAAGCUCACUCUUGUGUACUCAUACUUCUGGCACUUGGCCUUAUGUUAUUGCUAUUGAGAUACAUGCUUGUGUCUUUGAUGAGAUGCUGUGGUGUGCUCAUGAUUCGAGGUCAGGCCCAUGCAAAUCUUGGUAUUCCUAGCAUAGUGCUGGCAUAUGGUAGGUGUUCAUUCAUUACAUGCUUGCUGAAUGGAACUUCAUUCUUCUGUGCCUACUUGUACUUUUCUUUAAGAGAACAAUGAGGCUGGGCUUCUUAAAAAAAAAAAAGAGAACAAUGAUACAUUUUAAUAUCUUCCAUACACUGAAAAAAAUUUCUUUAGAGGCAAGGUCUCGCUCUCACCCAGGCUGGAGUGCAGUGGCACUAUCAUGGCUCGCUGCAGCCUCAACCCCCCUGGGCUCAAGCAAUCCUCUUGCCUCAGCCGCCUGAGUAUCUGGGAAUACAGGUAUGUACCACCACACCUGGCCAAUUUUUAAAUUUUUUGUAAGAUAAGGUCUUUACAAAAGGAUUUUUGUUGGCUUAGGCUUAUUUUUUAAUACCUAGUAUGCAUUCAGUAAAUAUGUAUUGAGUGAAUAGAUGGUGGUAGGGCCAGAAGAGACUCACUUAAAGGAUUUAGUUCUAAGGUAUCUGGUUUUAUUGAAGAUGGGCUAUCAGGAACCAAGCUCUAGGUUGUUCAGAAGAGAUUCUAGGCAACAUACUGGAAAGCAGUUCAGAAUUAAAAGCUGUAUGACAGCAACAUUGUCUGCCUUCAGCAUUCUAUGCAGGUGUGUCCAGGUCAGUUGGGAACAAAGUCACUUCACAUCUAUUUAGCUAGUAUUUAUUGAACGCCUCUGUUGACAUCGGGCUAGGCGCUAUCUUUGUAAUCUCUAAUGCAAGUCUGUAGAGCAAUGUACUUAUUUAAAAAUUCAUUUGUCAGGCUGGGUGUGGUGGCUCAUGCUUGUAAUCCCAGCACUUUGAGAGGCCGAAGCGGGUAGAUCACUUGAGGUCAGGAGUUCGAGACCAACCUGGCCAACAUGGUGAAACCCCUUCUCUACUAAAAAUACAAAAAAUUAGCCGGGUGUGGUGGCCGGCGCCUGUAAUCCCAGCUACUCAGGAGGCUGAGGCAGGAGAAUCACUUGAACCUGGGAGGUGGAGGUUGCGGUGAGCGGAGAUCUGCCAUUGCACUCCAGCCUGGGCAACAAGAGUGAAACUCCAUCUCAAAAAAAAAAAAAAAAGAAAAAAGUAAUAUACAAACACUUGUUGACAAAUUUAUAUUUAUUUAUUUAUUUAUUUAUUUUUUGAAAUGGAGUCUCGCUCUGUCGCCCAGGCUAGAGUGCACUGUGCGAUCUCAGUUCACUGCAACCUCUACCUCCUGGGUUCAAGCGAUUCUCCUGCCUCAGUCUCCCGAGUAGCUGGGAUUGCAGGCAUGCGCCCCCACGUCUGGCUAAUUUUGUAUUUUUAGUAGAGACAGGGUUUCUCUAUGUUGGUCAGGCUGGUCUCCAACUCCCGACCUCAGGUGAUCCGCUUGCCUCAGCCUCCAAAAGUGCUGAGAUUACAGGUGUAAGCUACCACGCCCGGACUGAUUUUGUUUUUAAUGAUGACAACCACUCUAUAUGGCAGAGUGACACAUCUGAUAGACUUAUGUUACAAUUGCUGAAGAAAGUAAGUGGAAACUAAUAAUGCAGAUAUUUUUCAUUUGAUCCCUGAGUGCAGUUCCUAGAAUGCUGCAUCCUUUAGUAGCCACAUACCCAGUCCUUCUUACCCUCCCUGUCUAUCAAAAUAACACUCCUAGUCAUUGCUGUCUUUUGAGGUGUUGUGGAGGCUCUUGUAACCUGAAAGGUUGUUCUUUUCAUCUCACGCCCUUGUUUAUAUUCUUGAGGCUUGGCAAGUCAGCCAGCACUGGGUUUUUAAAGUGUCAUUAAGUAUAUGAUUUGACCACAGAGCAAGGGUGGAGAUUUUAUCUACUCCAAAGUAUUUCAAAUGAGUGAGUCCAGGUUACUUAGUGAGACUCCUUUACUUCUCCAAUAAUAAUGCCAUCUUAUUUGAAUAAAGCAGUUAUUCAAAGCCUCUUUUGAAUACUAGACUUAAGAAUCUGCUGAAAUCUAAGGAGCUAUUCCUGAGAAAAAUGCAAAUAAAUAAUCUUGCAUAUAAACUCAGACUAUUUGUGGAUCUGCUUCAGAAUAUCUGGUACAGAGGAUUACCCUUCAAAGUGUUACUGUACACACUUUGAAAAGUUGAAGGCUUCGUAGGUUUUUAAAAUUUUGUUAUAUGGCAAAUUUCUUUUCACUGGUAUUUGUUAUAGUGGAAUAUAUUCCUGUGUUCCUCCUUACUGAUUUAACCUUUAAAAAUAUUUUUCUGGGGCCGGGCGCAGUGGCUCACGCCUGUAAUCCCAGCACUUUGGGAGGCUAAGGCAGGUGGAUCACGAGAUCAGGAGUUUGAGACUAGCCUGGCCAACAUGGAGAAACGCCAUCUCUACUAAAAAUACAAAACUUAGCCAGGCGUGGUGGCUCGCGCCUGUAAUCCCAGCUACUCGGGAGGCAGAGGCAGGAGAAUCACUUGAACCUGGGAGGCGGAGGUUGUGGUGAGCCGAGAUCACACCAUUGUACUCUAGCUUGGGCGACAGAGCGAGACUCUAUCUAAAAUAAAAAUAAAAAAAAUUAAAUUUUUUUCUGUUCCUAAAGCAACAUUCAGAAGUGAAACUACUGGUUUGUAUAUAGUUUUUUUUUUUACAUUUGCUAUCUUUGGGAUUGUUUGAUUUAUUAAGUACCUACUCAGUAGUUGGAAACACUGUCAGAUAUAUUACAUAAUUUUCAUUCGCUAUAGUAAUUAUAUGGUAUAAAUACAGUUGUCCCUCGGUAUCUUCAGGGGAUUGGUUCCAGGACCCUUGUGUAUACCCAAAUUCAUACAUACUCAAGUCCCAAAGUCCACCCUGUGGAACCAGCAUAUAUGGAAAGUCAGCUCUCCGUAUUCACCGGAUGUGAAACUUCACAUCUCACAAAUGCAGUAUUUAUUUCUUUAUUUCUCACAAGCUUUUUUCUCUUUAAGGAGCAGGCAGACCUGUAUUUUUUAUCGCUUUUGGUAUAAGUGGAUCUGUGCAGUUCAAAGCUGUUUCCUUCAAGGGUCAACUGUAGUAGUAUUCCUGUCAUAUAAAUAAAGACACUGGAGGCUGAGAGGUUAAGCAAGCUGGCUAAGAUAAUACUAAUAGGUAAUAGGUCAAGAUUGGAACCCAGAUCGUCCCCUCCCACAGUCUGUGGUCUUUUCAGAAACUAAUUUUCAUUAAAAAAAAAAAAAUACAGAUAUCUGUCUUAUCAUAGCAAAGUUCACCUUUAAUAAUAAAAAACAAAACACAAAAUAUAUACACACAAACAUAACUUUAAAGAAAAUUAAGAUGAAAGAAACUGCCAGGCACAGUGGCUCACGCAUGUAAUCCCAGCAUUUUGGGAGGCUGAGGCGGGCGGAUCACGAGGUCAGGAGUUCGAGACCAGCCUGGUCAACAUGCUGAAACCCCGUCUCUAGUAAAAAUACAAAAAUUAGCCAGGCGUGGUGACUCGCGCCUGUAAUCCCAGCUACUCGGGAGGCUGAGGCAGGAGAAUCAUUUGAGUCCGGGAGGUGUAGGUUGCAGUGAGCUGAGAUCGUGCCAUUGCACUCCAGCUUGGGCGACAAGAGCAAGACUACGUCUCAAAAAAAAAAAAAAAAAAGUUAAGAUGAAAGAGAAACUAUACCUAAUGUCUUGCUAAUUCUGGCAAAUCAAACUAGGACUUUUACCACAUUUCUUCACAACUCAAUAUUAAACAGAUGCCAUGGUGGUAUGAAGGGAGAAAAGCUGCUAUGAAAGAAGGAACAGAAAAGUUUAGGGAGGUAGCUGUUAGGGUAAGUGUAUAUGUUAGAGUGUGGGACUCAAACCUGACUGAUUCCUGGCUUUGGCUCCAAAAAGUAUCUUAAAAAUCCAUUUGUUAUAGAUAAGUCUUAACAGCAAAACUUCACUGGAGAAAAAUAGUGGACUCAUGUGACUUCUUCCUUUAUUUGGUUACAGGGAGACAUGUGACCUUUGUCAUCCACCCUAUCACGUUUGUGUUGAGCAGUAUGGGUUGUGGGAAAGAGCUCAAGGAUGCUUGGAAUUAACCUAAACUAGAAAAGGAACUGAAAAUAUAGGAGAAAAGGCUGAAGAAAAGAGGAAAGGAAAUGGAGGACUGUAUUGAACCCUGGGUAGCAACUCUUGAGCGAAGAAAGAGGAAAAAGGGGGAAGAGGGGAGCUAAAUUAUCUCUGAGGCAACUCAGUCUCAUGGUUGCCUGAACUAGUCUAUACUGUGGGAAUAAGGUAGACUCCACUGGUUUCUUUGAAGUACCAGUGCACUUCUUGCUUUCUAUUCCUAGUCACAGACAAAUUUAUCAGUAGUGCAGUUUCUUCUUUUUAAGCUUCAUUUAAGUAAUUAUUAGUAGCACUUGGACCUUAGGUUAGGAAAUCACUGUUUAAUGACUUAAAGAUUAACUGGCAUGGAAAUCUCAUUCUUUAUAUGACUGGGGAAAAUUAUUGAACUUGAGAUUGUUUUACUUUGUAGCAAUGUCUAAAGGCAGAUUUUGUUUUUUUGUUUGUUUGCUUUUGAGGUGGGGUUUCGCUCUUGUUGCCCAGGCUGGAGUGCAAUGGUGCAAUCUUGGCUCACCCGCAACCUCUGCCUCCCAGGUUGAAGUAGCAGGGAUUACAGGCAUGCGCCACCACGCCCAGCUAAUUUUCUAUUUUUAGUAGAGACGUGGUUUCUCCAUAUUGAUCAGGCUGGUCUCAAACUCCUGACCUCAGGUGAUCCACCCACCUCGGCCUCCCAAAGUGCUGGGAUUACAGGUGUCAGCCACCGCACCCGGCCUAAAGGCAGAUUUUUAAAGGUGGAACAUAAUGCAAGUCUGCCGUUCUUAGGAUGAUCUAAGUUACAUGUUAAUAAAGUUCUUGGAGAUCUAGCAUAGAAUGCAUUCAGCACUGUAAAUCACAACUUAAUAAUGCUUGCCUUGAUAUGCUCUGUUGCUCUGAGCAAGUUGUGUGGGCUGUUAUCGCCUGAGAAAUCCCUGUAAAUGGUUUUAGUAAUACUUUAUAAGCAGGUUGGGAGAAUAUAGUUUUCUAAGGCAUUGUGAAAUUCUUAGAUGAAAGGGUCUUUAUGUAGCAAAUUGGUGUCAGCCUAUUUUCCUUCCUCUGAGCCAGAAGAAGAUAGGCACCAUAGGAUGGGAAGGGUUGGCUUAUCUGUUAGAAUUCUUUUGUAAGUAGCUUUUGUUGAAUUUUUUUUUUUUUUUUUGAGACGGAGUCUCGCUCUGUCACCCAGGCUGGAGUGCAGUGGCGCGAUCUCAGCUCACUACAAGCUCCGUCUCCCGGGUUCAGGCCAUUCUCCUGCCUCAGCCUCCAGAGUAGCUGGGACUACAGGCGCCUGCAACCACAACCGGCUAAUUUUUUGUAUUUUCAGUAGAGACGGGGUUUCACCGUGUUAGCCAGGACGGUCUCGAUCUCCUGACCUCGUGAUCCGCCCACCUCGGCCUCCCAAAGUGCUGGGAUUACAGGCGUGAGCCACCGUGCCUGGCUGCUUUUGUUGAAUUUAAAGUGGAUGUGAGAAGCUCCUAAGAAUAUCGUUCACUGUAAAAGCAGACUUUUUUGGAUUUGGGUCUUGGAAUUCUUAACUGUAUUUUCACCUAAGAUUUAAAACAAGUUUAAAUACUAGUUUGUAAUUGGCCAGACUUGGGAAAGAUAUGAUCCUUUAAAUGAUCCUGGGUCUCAACUUACCUUUCUUUCAUUUUUCUUUUAUUUCAGAAGAGGGAUAAGAACUUUUUCUGAAGAGCAGUCAACUUUUCCUUUCAGUGUAUAGGAUUACUUCCACAAAUCUGUGAACUUAAUCUUUGCUGCCAAAUAACUUACAGUAGAUGCUGGGAUAGUUUUAAAUCUAUUUUAAUUUAUACAUUCAGUACAUAAGUGCAUCCAUGUAAAAACAGCUAUGUUUGGAAGAUCUAAAACCCAGCUUUUGUUUUUGAGAAGCCAACAAUCUAAUAGGGUAGGAUCAUAUAUAUGUACAACUAACCGUAAUGCAUGGUGUUUUGAAAGAUGCAUGUAUCUCCCUGAAUUACCCCUAGUUAAUAAAAUAAUUGGGAGCAAAUGGUAAUAUAAGGAUUUUGGAGUAACUUACUACUACUAGAUUUUGCUGUUUAUACAUUUACAAAAAACUUUCUGCUAAUGCUAAAGAAAUACGAACAAGUCUAUAUGCAUAAAGGAAGGUAGGGCUAAUUUACUUCCUGGUGCUAUGAAACUGGCAACUGGACAGGUGCAAUUGUGGGUGUCUUUUUUUUUUUUUUUUUAAGAUGUACCUGUUGCAGCUUUGAAAGGCUGUUGAUGCUCAUGGGUUGUUUGUGUGCAUGUUCUCUUUAAAAACCAGACGUAUUCAUUCCUCUUUUUUUUUUUUUUGAGACGGAGUCUCGCUCUGUAGCCCAGGCUGAAGUGCAGUGGCGCGAUCUCGGCUUACUGCAAGCUCCGCCUCCCGGGUUUACGCCAUUCUCCUGUCUCAGCCUCCCGAGUAGCUGGGAUUACAGGCGCCCGCCACCGCGCCCGACUAAUUUUUUGUAUUUUUAGUAGAGACAGGGUUUCACCGGGUUAGCCAGGAUGGUCUCGAUCUCCUGACCGCCCGUCUCGGCCUCCCAAAGUGCUGGGAUUGCAGGCGUGAGCCACCGCCAUUCCCAUUGUUAUUAUACUUUGCUAUUUGCUGCCGGUGAGACAGAUAAGGAGUCACGUCUUUAACUGUACUUGAGUUUCCAGUGACCCCAUUAAAUCCAAUGGGUAAAUUUUCCCACGCAGAUUACUCACCCAAUUUACAGAUUAAGCUUUCAUAUCCUUAGAUUGUAUCUGAAAUCUUCAUAGCUUUGCCCACCUUUUAGGGUUCAGAGUUACUACCCAUUCAGUGUCGGUGGCCUUUAGCUGUUGGCAAGCUUCCAAGUAAAUAGCUCUUUUGCAAAGAUCUCUACCCUUUCUAUUCUUCCACUCCUGGGUAGUGGAGAACCAAAGUUCACCUGAUUAAUGCGCGUGCCCAGCACCCAGUUUCCUGCAGGGGUUAGCACGGAUAUUGGAGGCUCCCCCGACCCCACAGAUACUCGGGAUGGGGUAUUGGAGGGGGCUUGGUUUUUAAGAGGACAUGUGAAAGUAAUUAACCCGAUUUACAUUUGUAUAACGAGUCCAAACAUCACCUUGCAAAAGAACUGAGAGUUCAGCCUGCUUAAUGGAGUUUCUGCUUUUCACGGUCCUUGGCCUUACCGACGGUUUACAGUCCAGCCAGAUUUAGUUCACAAAAAAAAAAAACCAGGUCGACCUCACUGCAGUAUAUGAUGGCAGCGAGCGUUUUAAAGCGCAGGACCUUUAGUCUCCUCAAUAGUUUUGUCUAAAGUUGUCCAAAAGUGUUUUUUUUAAAGUGAGGUGAUCCAGUCGGUAAACGCUUUGAAAAAGAAUAGCUGUCCCCUGAGCGGGCAUUAGUAGCGUGUGAGGUCAGGGCCUAUUAUUGCGCGUGUUCGGAGCGCCGCGCUCGUCUAUGAGCGAGCGCCUCGGGUUGCGGCUGGGCCGGGCCGGGCCGGGGCGGGGCUGUCUUCCAGCGGAGCGUGGUGGGGGCGGGUCGCGCCGGGCCGGGCCGCUAGUGCGCAUGGGCGGGCGUCCUCAGCUCUAACAGCCUCCAGUUUCCACAAGCUGAGAGGGCCGUUACCUCAGAGAUACCCGUGGCUGGCAUGUCGGUUGAAAAAGCUCCCGGAAGGGAGACAAAGAGAAAGGAGAGGAGCAGCUCGUGAUCGUCCCCGGUAGUGAGUACGCGGCGAAGUAGGCAGCGGCGGAGGGAGCGCCGAUGAAGAUGGAUGUGACAGUGAAGGCCGCGGGCUGCUCCGACGACCUCAGCUCUGGGGAGGCCGACAUAGACCGAAAGCUCCUGGAGCUCACCGCUGACGAGGAGAAGUGCCGCAGCAUCCGCAGGCAGUACCGACAGCUCAUGUACUGCGUGCGGCAGAACCGGGAGGACAUCGUGAGCUCGGAGAACAACUCCUUAACCGAGGCUCUGGAGGAAGCCAACGUCCUGUUUGAUGGCGUGAGCCGAACCAGAGAAGCAGCCCUCGACGCCCAGUUUCUUGUUAUGGCUUCUGAUUUGGGUAAAGAAAAGGCAAAGCAGUUAAACUCAGAUAUGAACUUCUUCAAUCAGUUAGCAUUUUGUGACUUUCUGUUUCUGUUCGUGGGUCUGAAUUGGAUGGAAGGCGAUCCUGACAAGUUAAGUGAUGGUGAUGAUAGCAUAGCUCUUCCCUUCUGGAAGGCAAUAGAAAAGGAAGCAACAUCCUGGAUGGUAAAAGCUGAGACAUUCCAUUUUUUUUUUGGUUCAUUCAAGCUAGAACCUUCUGCACCAAAGCCCCGACUUGAACACCAGAAAAAAGUUCGCAAGAUGGAAGAAAAUGGGAACAUGCCCACAAAGUUGCGGAAGCUGGACCUGAGUAGUUAUCCAGAAGCGACAGAAAAAAACAUAGAAAGGAUUUUGGGAUUGUUGCAAACGUACUUUCGAAAGUAUCCUGAUACUCCUGUGUCCUAUUUUGAGUUUGUGAUUGAUCCAAACUCUUUUUCUCGUACUGUGGAGAAUAUAUUUUAUGUUUCUUUUAUUGUAAGAGAUGGUUUUGCAAGAAUAAGGCUUGAUGAAGACAGGCUGCCAAUAUUAGAGCCGAUGAAUGUUAACCAAAUGGGUGAGGGAAAUGAUUCCAGUUGCCAUGGCAGGAAACAGGGAGUUAUAUCUUUGACUUUACAGGAGUGGAAAAACAUUGUGGCAGCUUUUGAAAUUUCUGAGGCUAUGAUUACAUACUCCUCAUACUAAAGAUUUCUUAGUAUAGGAUCCUUUUUGUGUUUUUUUUCUAAAGUUAUCUCAGCUGGAGAGUAAAAUGUAAACUGAAGCACAUAUUCUAUCUCUUGUAAAGUGAAAAAGUAUUUUCAAGAACAUCAGACAUUGUUUUACUGUGCAGCAUAUUUUUCUUAGUAAUUUGUAAGGUCAUGAUCUUCUGUUAUUAAAUUCACUGGCAUAUUUAUGAGAGCGUUUUAUUGAAUGCCCUUUAAGACUAUUAAUAAAAACAAGUUUUGGAUACCAAA